AUGGUACUUGGAAACCAGACGGCUCUGUGCAAUCCUUUUGCUACCGUCAUACGUAUGUACUGUCUUCUGAGGGUGUGUCUUAACUUGCCCGGGUUUGCUUUGCUUGCCCGAGUUUGCCGGUCAUUUAUUAAUUUAUUAAUGUAAGUACACGCCUUCCCCUUACGUUAGUAGUGGACAGGUGUCCCAGAGCGACGGUGCUGACUUACAGAGGCAUACAGCGCCAUAAAUUGCCAGAACACAACGGGGAGGACACUGUGGGUUCUACAAA